AUGCGGUGGCUGAAGUAUGGAGUGACGGCGUUGUUGACUGCGUGCCAUGUGGCCGCUUCACCAGCACCAACCACAGAAACGCCGUCUCUUGAGGAGAUUGCAAGGCGUUAUACGAGGAGGACGGCGGGCGGUGUUCAUCUCCCCAUUGUGAGGCAGGUGACGGAGGCGAGCGAGUUGAGGAGACGCGGGUUGACGUCUGCGAUUGGGUUGGGCGAUUUCGCGGAUAUUGUGUAUAACGUCCUCAUCUCUGUUGGCGGGACGACCACCCCUCUUGUCCUUGACACCGGCUCGUCAGAUCUAUGGGUCGUUUCUGACAAGUGUUCACAUGGAUGCUUGAGCAGCCAGUCGGCGUACCCACAGGCUUCAUUUCAGUACUCUGGUGCGGACGCGGAGCUUUUGUAUGGAGACUCGACGUCGGGCACUGCUGCGUUGGGCAUGAUCGGCAAGGACACCGUUAGCUUGGCGGGCCUGACGUUGCAGGACCAAUACUUCGUCGCGGUAAACCAAACCAACACUACUUUGGGACAGACUGGCUCGUCUGGGAUCUUUGGGCUUGGGUUUCCCGUAGGCAGCGUCGUCUGGAGCGAACUAUGGACCCAAUUAAAGUCAUCAGGCAGCACGAAAAGAGAAGUUACAGAGGACACCCCCAUCACUCCCUCCAACCAGAAAUUCGGAACCCGCAUCUUCCCCUCCUUCAACUUCCGGCGCAUUAAAUUCCCCAGCCUCUCCGAUUUCUUCCCAAGCCCAAGCGAACAAAAACGACAAUCCAGCAAUGUCUCGUCCACCAUGACGGCCCUCCUCCCCACUUGGUCCGUCUUUGGACCCUUGCUCGCCCGAUUUGUUACAGCUGCUCAGCUGACUUUGCCGAUGUACACCGUGACGCUGCAAAGGGAUUCUAUACAGGUUGGAGGGAAUGUGGGGAUGUUGAGUAUUGGUGAGAUGCCGAGUGGGGUGUCGGAGGAUAGCUUGACGUGGGUUCCUAUUCGCGCGUAUUCAUAUUCGCAGGGCGGGUUGCCUGCUCCCCCUGAUUCUCCGAACGAGGUGUAUCCAAUGACUUGGGAAGUUGCCCUCGACGACGUAUACCUAGACGGCGUAAAGCUCCCCCGCUCAACACUCUCAUCAUCCUCCAUCUCCCUUUCUGCCCUCGUCGACACCGGCAACUCAAUCCUCCGCGGUCCUGCCGACGUCGUACGCAACAUCCAAUCCAAACUAGGCGUCAACGGCCGUUUUCCCUGCUCCGAACCACACACCAUCGCUUUUUCUAUUGGGGGCAAACUCUUCCCCGUCGACCCGCGUGACUUUAUCCAACAGGUCUUUGAGAAUAAUGUGGUUACGUGUACUUCACGGCUUACUGCUACGGACCCGCCUUCGUUGAGUGGGUACCAGUUUAGUUGGAGUCUUGGGGAUCCGUUUUUGAAGAGCGUAUUGGCGGCGUUUUACUUUGGGAAUAUAACUUACCCGUCACACGACCCCCCUAAAAUGGGAUUCCUUUCGACCGUCCCACAAGAUGCGGCGUCGCAGCUGGUGUCUGCUGUGGCCGCUGUAGGAACGGGGGUCAAUUUCCCUGCCAUAUCGGAAGUGGCACCGAGUGGAACCUUCAAACCCGCCGGAACGGCGUCCAAUGGCGUAGCUGUGGCCACGGCUACAGGCCGCGCGACGCAGACGGGGUCUUCGUCUACUACCACGAAGGGAUCGAAGAGCGGUGCGGAGCGAACACGAGGGUUGGGGAUGGGGAUGGGAAUGGGGGUGGUUGUUGGGAUUGUUGGGAUGUUGCAAUUGUGGUCGUGA